AUGGCAAUUGUGACUGACAGUGUACCUGUGACUGACAUGGCACUUGUGACUGAUAGUGCACUUGUGACUGGCAGUGUACUUGUGACUGACAGGGUACUUGUGACUGACAGUGUACUUGUGACUGACAUGGCACUUGUGACUGAUAGUGUACUUGUGACUGGCAGUGUACUUGUGACUGGCAGUGUACUUGUGACUGACAGUGUACUUGUGACAGACAGUAUACUUGUGACUGACAGGAAACUUGUGACUGACAUGACACUUGAGACUGACAUGGCACUUGAAAUUGACAGUGUACAUGUGACUUACAUGGUACUUGUGACUGACAUGGCACUUAUAACUAACAGUGUACUUGUGACUGCCAUGGCACUUGUGACUGACAGGGUACUUGUGACUGACAGGGUACUUGUGAGUGAAAGUGUACUUGUGACUGACAGUGUACUUGUGACUGCCAUGGUACUUGUGACUGACAGUGUACUUGUGACUGACAGGGUACUUGUGACUGACAUUGUACUUGUGACUGACAGGGUACUUGUGACUGACAGUGUACUUGUGACUGACAGUGUACUUGUGAGUGACAGUGUACUUGUGACUGACAUAGUACUUGUGACUGACAGGGUACUUGUGAGUGACAGUGUACUUGUGACUGACAGUGUACUUGUGACUGACAGGGUACUUGUGACUGACCGGGUACUUGUGAGUGACAGUGUACUUGUGAGUGACAGUGUACUUGUGACUGACAGGGUACUU